GCCGCUGAUACACUGACCCUCCCCCCGGCCCAGACACUCCCCCUCCCCGCGGCGCCACCUACCCUAGGCCCCGGCUUCACCCCCCACCUCUGGGCCCUCCCUCCCUCCUCCAUCCCCGGCCUCCCCGUGUGCUCCUGUCCCCGGGCCGGGUCACCAUGGAGCUGCAGGCGCUGCGUUACAGCCGGGGCCGCCUCUCCAUCCUGGACCAACUGGAGCUGCCACAGCGGCGCCAAUACCGGCCCGUGGAUGGAGUCAGCGCCGCCUGGACCGACAUCGCCGCCAUGCGGGUACGAGGUGCCCCAGCGAUUGCCAUUGUUGGCUGCCUGAGCCUGGCGGUGGAGCUCCACCACAGGGAGGACAUGGACAAGGAAGCCCUGGCCAGCUUUGCCAUGGAAUCACUGGACUACCUGGUGACGGCCAGACCCACGGCGGUCAACAUGGCCCGAGCUGCCCAGGACCUGACCCAAUUCAUCCAGCUGGAGGUCAAGAGGCCAGACACCACUGCUGACGACUUCAAGGAGAAUUUGAUUUGCAGAAUAGAGUCGAUGCUGGAGAAGGACAUCAGAGACAACCACAGUAUCGGGUCACACGGUGCCCAGCACAUUCUGUCCAUGGCCACAACAGACAAGGUGACCAUCCUGACUCAUUGUAACACGGGCUCCCUGGCCACGGCAGGCUACGGAACCGCUCUGGGUGUGAUCCGAUCGCUCUGGGCCCUGGGUCGUCUGGAGCACGUCUACUGCACGGAGACACGGCCGUACAACCAAGGGGCGCGGCUGACCGCCUACGAGCUGACCUACGAGCAGAUCCCAGCCACGCUCAUCACUGACAGCAUGGCUGCUGUGGCCAUGAAGGAGAAGCACAUCACAGCGGUGGUGGUGGGAGCUGACCGGAUUGCUGCCAAUGGAGACACAGCCAACAAGGUGGGGACGUACCAGCUGGCCAUCGUGGCCCUGCACCACCACAUCCCCUUCUAUGUGGCCGCCCCCAGCCAGUCAUGUGACCUCAGCCUGGACUCUGGUCACCACAUCCCAGUGGAGGAGCGUCCAGCCAACGAGCUCACCCACAUCAACGGUGUCCACGUGGCCGCACCCGGGGUGGGUGUGUGGAACCCCGCCUUUGACAUCACACCCCACGGCCUGAUCACAGGGGCGAUCAUCACCGAAUUUGGAGUCCACGUCCCUCAAGAUCUUCAGAAAGUCCUCACUGAGAAGACGCAGCACAUCUCCUGAGCCGUGGUCCCCAGAAGCUGCACGAUAUCCCUCGCCCUUCCUGCCCCUUCCACCUUUCUUUCCGUACAAAUUCCAAACUUGCUCUUCCAUUCCCCCCCCCCCCCCCCGCCCAAAGGCAAGGAUCGUCGUGCACCCCUGCGCUGGUUUUGUGAUGGGAAUCUUCACGAGGAGAAGAAGCAGGAAUAGGUCAGUGGAGUCUGGCCCUCCUCUGGUUCAGUUACAGCCACUUCCCUCUCUUGUGUUGGAACCAACUGCAGAUGCCGGUUUAAAUCGAAAUGCUGGAGUAACUCAGCGGAACAGGCAGCAUCUCCCGAAAGAAGGAAUGGGUGACGUUAGGAGUAGAGACCCUUCUUCAGACUUCCCUCUCUUCAUCACUAUCUCCACAGUUCCGCUGUCAACAGGUGUCUGCUCGUCACGAUGGCUGAGCAUCCGCUGGGUCUGUUGCGUAUUCCCAGUGCUUUGUUUUCUGGAAAACGGCCAGUGUGGAACUGCUGUCCAUAUUCCCGAGCUACCCAACAAGAACCUCUCAGUCACGUCUCCUCUAAAGAGGACGCAUCACACCCUGAACUCCAGCCCUUGCAUGGGUUGUUUCAUUUUGAUUAAAACACCCGUGUACUCUUCAACAAA